GCGCGGGGCCGCACCGGGCGGCGCAGGGAAGCGGCGCCCCUUCCUCGGCAGACGGCAGGCGCCGCGCCUCCGGCCCCGCCCCUCCGCUCCCCGCCCCCGCCGCUCGGACGGCCCGAGUCGCGCCCUCCCGCCCCGCGCCGCCGAACUUGCUCUAACUUCCUCGGCCGAGCCGGGCCGCGCCGCCGCUGCCGCCGCCGCGCGCGGUGUUACAUCCUUACUAUUCAAAGUGCCAUCCACAGACCUGCUGAUGGGCAGCAUGAGCAUCACCUGGGAGCUUGCUGAGCUGUAGAAUCUUGAGGGGUCUCCAUCCCGAUCAGCUGAAUCAGAAUUUGCAUUGUUAACAAGAUUCUGCUUCUCAGAAGAUGCACUAUUAUAGAUACUCUAACGCCAAGGUCAGCUGCUGGUACAAGUACCUCCUUUUCAGCUACAACAUCAUCUUCUGGUUGGCUGGAGUUGUCUUCCUUGGAGUCGGGCUGUGGGCAUGGAGCGAAAAGGGUGUGCUGUCCGACCUCACCAAAGUGACCCGGAUGCAUGGAAUCGACCCUGUGGUGCUGGUCCUGAUGGUGGGCGUGGUGAUGUUCACCCUGGGGUUCGCCGGCUGCGUGGGGGCUCUGCGGGAGAAUAUCUGCUUGCUCAACUUCUUCUGUGGCACCAUUGUGCUCAUCUUCUUCCUGGAGCUGGCUGUGGCCGUGCUGGCCUUCCUGUUCCAGGACUGGGUGAGGGACCGGUUCCGGGAGUUCUUCGAGAGCAACAUCAAGUCCUACCGGGACGAUAUCGACCUGCAAAACCUCAUCGACUCCCUUCAGAAAGCUAACCAGUGCUGUGGCGCAUAUGGCCCUGAAGACUGGGACCUCAACGUCUACUUCAAUUGCAGCGGUGCCAGCUACAGCCGAGAGAAGUGCGGGGUCCCCUUCUCCUGCUGCGUGCCAGAUCCUGCGCAAAAAGUUGUGAACACACAGUGUGGAUAUGAUGUCAGGAUUCAGCUGAAGAGCAAGUGGGAUGAGUCCAUCUUCACGAAAGGCUGCAUCCAGGCGCUGGAAAGCUGGCUCCCGCGGAACAUUUACAUUGUGGCUGGCGUCUUCAUCGCCAUCUCGCUGUUGCAGAUAUUUGGCAUCUUCCUGGCAAGGACGCUGAUCUCAGACAUCGAGGCAGUGAAGGCCGGCCAUCACUUCUGAGGAGCAGAGUUGAGGGAGCCGAGCUGAGCCACGCUGGGAGGCCAGAGCCUUUCUCUGCCAUCAGCCCUACGUCCAGAGGGAGAGGAGCCGACACCCCCAGAGCCAGUGCCCCAUCUUCAGCAUCAGCGUGACGUGACCUCUCUGUUUCUGCUUGCUGGUGCUGAAGACCAAGGGUCCCCCUUGUUACCUGCCCAAACUUGUGACUGCAUCCCUCUGGAGUCUAUCCAGAGACAGAGAAUGUGUCUUUAUGUGGGAGUGGUGACUCUGAAAGACAGAGAGGGCUCCUGUGGCUGCCAGGAGAGCUUGACUCAGUCCCCCUGCAGCUCAAGCAUGUCUGCAGGACACCCUGGUCCCCUCUCCACUGGCAUCCAGACAUCUGCUUUGGGUCAUCCACAUCUGUGGGUGGGCCGUGGGUAGAGGGACCCACAGGCGUGGACAGGGCAUCUCUCUCCAUCAAGCAAAGCAGCAUGGGGGCCUGCCCGUAACGGGAGGCGGACGUGGCCCCGCUGGGCCUCUGAGUGCCAGCGCAGUCUGCUGGGACAUGCACAUAUCAGGGGUUGUUUGCAGGAUCCUCAGCCAUGUUCAAGUGAAGUAAGCCUGAGCCAGUGCGUGGACUGGUGCCACGGGAGUGCCUUGUCCACUGUCCCCCUGUGUCCACCAGCUAUUCUCCUGGCGCCAGAACUGCCUCUGGUCUUGAUAGCAUUAAGCCCUGAUGGCGCCGGUGGCGCGGUGGGCAUGGUUCUUCACUGAGAGCCGGCUCUCCUUUUCUUAAAGUGUGUAAAUAGUUUAUUUAUAGGGGUAAGAAUGUUCUCACACCAUUUCACUUCCUCUUCCUCUCCUCCAGCAUUCUCCUCUGAGCAGCCUUAGAUAGUGUCCAUGGCUGAAGCCGACCCUUUGAGUCCCCUUGAGUGUCUUAAGAACCAGCCCACAACAGCCUCUCUUUCUCCUCCACAUACUGCAGCCUCCCUCCAUGCAUCCCACAUACAAGCACUCCCCCACUCCCCAGUGUGGCCUGUCUUCUGGUCUUGGUGCUACUGAAAUUGUCACCCAGAAUUUGAAUCCUGACCCUCCCCACUGCAAGCCCAGGGACCCCCAGCCCAAGAUGGCCAGCCUGAAACUGUUGGCCAGGGCUCCUCUUGUGGCCAUGUACCCAGGGCUGGCUGGCCUGCCAUUUGCCUCUCCCCGGAGACAGCCGUUCUGCAACCACGCCCCUUGCCUAGCCACAACCCCAGGCUGCAGCUGCUCAGAAGCUCCGGGCGUUUUGUUUCUGGUGACCACCCCUAAUGGGAUAUCGGUGAUCACUGGUCCACCCUUCCUGUCAGGGCUUUCCUGGGGCUGCUCUUGGAAAUGAAGUCUUAAGUACUGAAUAACUCCCCUGGGGAUAGCUGGGGCAUUUGUCUAGCUGGGCUACUUUCUAACACUUUGCCAUAGCUCGGACCACUUCUCAUGUUCAGGGAUGGAGUGCAACCUUAAUUUACUUGCCGGAGUGUACAUUCUAGUGUGGUGUAUACUGGUGGCUGUUGAUGAUGAUAUUAUCUUUUUUUUUUUUUUUUUUUUUUUUUACAAUUCUCUGUAGACUAGGAGAAGAAGAAUGCUUGUGUUUUUCGGAAGUGUGAUGCUUCUCUUUGACUGCCAAACUCUUUUAUGGAAUAUAUCUUUAUAUUAA